AUGAAAUCAGAAGUCAAGUUCUUGCUCUACGCACACGCCGUCUUGGCGCUCUUCCUCACGUACCAGCUUUUUGACCUCAUCACGCUGCUCUAUGACGACUCCCGCCAGUACGGCCUCCUCUCAACAGAGUUGAACAACUCCAACUACUUGCAGUCGCAGCCCCAGCUGAUUCCGAAAAUCAUUCACCAGACCUACAAGACCAACAGCAUUCCAGACAUCUGGAAGGAGGGCCAGCAGAGCUGCAUCGACCUGAACCCAGACUACCAAUACAUCCUCUGGACCGACGAAAUGGCAAGAGACUUCAUCGCCGAACAGUACCCGUGGUUCCUAAAGACGUUUGACGACUACCCUUACCCCAUCGAAAGAGCCGACGUCAUUCGCUACUUCAUUCUCUCCCACUACGGUGGCAUCUACAUCGACUUGGACGAUGGCUGUGCGAGAAAUUUGGACCCCCUUUUGACUGUCCCAGCCUUUGUUCGUAAGACAAUGCCUACGGGAAUCUCCAACGACAUCAUGGGCUCUGUGCCAAACCACCCUUUUUUCGCCAAGGCCAUCUCCAUGCUCCAGCGCUACCAAAGAAACUGGUUGAUUCCUUACAUCACCAUCAUGUUUUCCACAGGCCCCCUAUACCUCUCUGUUGUCUGGAAACAGUACAUCCGGUGGGGGAACCCUCCUUCGGGCGUGGUGAGGAUUCUCAUGCCUGAGGACUACAAGUUGUCCAAGGACGCCUUCUUCAAGAUCUCAAAGGGCUCCUCGUGGCACAAGGACGACGCAGCGUUUCUUCUCUUGAUGAGCAGACACAUUCCAAUCUCCAUUGUGUGCUGCGUCCUUUUGGCCAUUCUUAUCAUCUCCUCUGAGUACGCGCUUGUGUGUGUCAUCAACAGAAGAUACGGCUCGAAGAUCUCCAAGCUCGUGAAGAACACAAAGUGUUUCUUCCUCAAGGCAGUGCCUUCUUGGAUGUCCUUUUCCUCCCUCUCCUCGACUUCCGGCAACAGCACCAGCAGAGGCUCGACUGCGAAAUGGCAAUCCCUCCCAACGAGAAAGUCGAGAAAGGACUCCAACCUACCGGUCGCCUUGGCGGUCGACAUGGAGAAAAACGUUCAGGUUCUGGAUGAAAUAGAAGAAUCCUGA